AAACUUUCCAUCAGUCAAUUUUUAUAUUCUAUGGCACAGUUUUUGUAAGUCUAGUGCAUUGAGGGUCCUUUCGAUAACAUCUGAAUUCCGCGGAUAUGGCACGAAACAGAUGACCCUGGAAUAAACAGUUAGCUCGUUUUCAGUUCCCUCGCACCUUUUCCGAAUCAGGAAAGAAUCUAGGUACCAGUUUACAAGGACCAUAACUUCUUCGCCAAGUUACUUCUUUGUCCAUAAUAGGACAGAGUUUCAUCCUGUCGGCACUGCAAAAAUUUUCAGGCCUCAAGAGUCUCAAGGUUCGUUUCGGAAUAACGAUGUUACGUUUGCUGGUAAUUUUUCUUUUCCUGGCGGUGAACUUUUGUUGCACAGAGGGAUACUGGGACCGGACCUGUGAACGGAACACGAUGUACUUAAGCUGCAACCAUGGGGUGAUCGAUGUUCGAAGCGCAUGGUACGGACGCGACCGGUCGGGAGUUUGCUCGGAGAGGGGAAGUACAGAAAAUACAAACUGUUACACCGGUGCUACGAGUUACGUCAGUGGCGAAUGCGACGGGCGAUCAUACUGCAGCCUUUACGUUUCGAAUUCAGCUUUUGGAGAUCCGUGUGCUGGCACUGUGAAAUAUCUGACGGUCUCGUAUAGAUGUAAAACGGGAGGACGACAAAGACUGAAGAGAAUUUGCGAACGCAGCUGGGGUGACAUUCGUUGUUACGGCAGUGACAGAAUCGAUGUCCUAUCGGCGUUUUACGGCCGCAAGACGGGUGGACACGUCUGCUCAGGUUCGGUAUAUACUACAUCCUGCGAAACUUCAGCGUACAGUUAUGUGUAUCGGAACUGCGAUGGAGAUCAGAGUUGCAGUUUGCACGCACAUAACCACCACUUCGGUGAUCCUUGUCAGGGAACAUAUAAAUAUCUGGAGGUUCGAUACAGAUGCAAGUGAUCAAAAGCUUCAGCCACCCGCGAGAGACUGGACUCCACUAAUCAAGAAAUGAUCCAAUGUAGCUUGUAGAGUUUAUGUGAAAAGGAUCAUUAAACUUCACUUCAACUCCA